AUGAUUUAUGCUAAAAGUUUAGAGGUUAGUCUUUUGGAAGCUGGUUGUUCAGAUGCUCCUAAUAAUGGUAAUAAUGAACCUUUUUCUGAUAAACAAUAUUAUUUAGAGUUAUAUGAAGAAGUUAAAUAUUUAGAAGCAUAUAUUGGAGAGGUAGAAUAUUCAAGAUUAGAAGAUGAAGCAAUACAUUCAAGAUUGUAUAGUGAUGAAGAUUCUAAGGGUAUAGCAGAAAUCAAAUCAGACAUGUGUGAUGGCGAAGUAGAAUAUUCAAGAUUAAAA